AUGACAUCUCUAGACAAUCCCGUCACCAAUGGAGAUGCCACUGCGGUCAAAAGACUCUGGCAGCCUUCGUUCCCCGAGAACACUAGAAUUCACAAGUUCAUGUCCCUCGUGAGUCAGAAGAAUGGCCGACAGCUGAACAGCUAUCACGAUCUUUGGGAGUGGAGCAUCUCCGAGCCUUCAGCCUUCUGGGAGGAAAUAUGGUACUUCACCGGCGUCAAGGCGCAGAAAUCUUAUGAUAAGGUUCUAGAUAAGGGCACUCCCCUCUUCCCUAAACCAGUAUUUUUCAAAGGAAGCCUCCUUAAUUUUGCCGAAAACCUCCUCUUCCCCGCAAGCAACCCUGGUGAAAACUCCGUCGCCAUCAUUGCCGCUACCGAAUCCACUCGAGAGCACAUAUCGUGGAAGGAUCUUCGAGCGCGGGUACACCGCUGUGCUUUGUCGCUACGAGAAGCGGGCGUAGUCAAGGGGGACCGUGUCGCUGGCUUUGUGGGCAAUCAUGCAAACACCGUCAUUGCCAUGCUGGCCGCCACCUCCAUAGGCGCCCUGUGGAGUUCUGUUUCAACUGAUACGGGUGUGAAUGCCGUGCUGGAACGGCUGCGUCAGAUCGAGCCGGUGGUUCUCUUCGUUGACAAUGCGUCCCCCUAUAAUGGAAAGGUUCAUCCGACACACGCCAAGGUUGUCGAGUUAACGGCAAGCCUUGACUCGUUGCGUUACGUCGUGGUCUUCGAUGCGGUGCAAGGGUAUGGGUUUGAUGUGGAAUUGGUCAAGUUGUCAAAUGGCAGAUGCAUGACUUUCUCUGAUUUCUUGGCUACUUUGUCGGCAAACAGCUCGUCCGCGACGCUGCAAUUCGAACCCCUCCCACCUGACCACCCUGUUUAUAUCCUUUAUUCGUCAGGUACAACCGGUGCCCCCAAGCCAAUUGUCCAUGGUGCCCUGGGCACACUCAUACAGCACAAGAAAGAGCAUGCGCUACAUGGUGACAUCGGGCCUGGCGAUCGGCUGUUCUACUUCACGACCACAACCUGGAUGAUGUGGCACUGGCUUGUUUCCGCUCUGGCCAGUGGCGCAAGCAUCGUGGUUUACGACGGCUCUCCAUUCCGGCCCUUGGACCCAGAAGAUGGAAAGGGCGAUAUGGCCAUGCCUCGUCUCAUCGAUGAAUUACACAUAACCCACUUCGGUACAUCCGCAAAGUACCUCUCAAUCCUAGAACAGUCCGCGCUAAACCCAACAAAACAUCCCCAUAGACCCGUCCAACUGCGAACCCUGAAAGCAAUCUUUAGCACGGGCUCUCCACUCGCCCCAUCGACAUUCGACUACGUGUAUUCCUCCAUCCACCCAGAUAUAAUGCUCGGUUCCAUCACAGGAGGCACGGACAUCAUCUCCCUCUUCGGUGCAUCCUGCCCCAUCCUCCCUGUCCACCGCGGAGAAAUCCAAUGUCGCGGCCUAGGCAUGGCCGUAUCCAUCUUCGAUUACGCCGGACGAGACAUUAGCGCCACCGACGACGCGGGCGACCUCGUAUGCACGGUGCCCUUUCCAGCCCAACCCGUCAUGUUCUGGCCACCGGGGCCGAUAGGCGAGGAGAAGUAUCGCAAGAGCUACUUCGAGCACUUCGGGCCGUCGAUAUGGCAUCACGGCGACUUCGUGAAACUCAACAGCAAGACAGGCGGGAUGGAGAUGCUGGGCCGCAGCGACGGGGUGCUCAAGCCAGCCGGCGUCCGGUUCGGCAGCGCGGAGAUUUACAAUGUCAUCCUGAAGCAUUUUGCGAAUGAGGUUGAGGAUUCACUGUGUAUUGGCCGGCGGCGGAAUGGGAUUGAGAACGACGAGACGGUCGUGCUCUUUGUGAAAUUGGCCGCCAGGGACAAGUCUGCGUCUUCAUCUGCAUCUGCUUCUACCUCUGCAUCUGUUUCCUCAUCCAUAUCCACGUCCACAUCCGCAUCCUCGUCAACGGUGUCAAUAGCCAACAACGGCUGCGUAAAGGACCUGAUGACCACCGCCAACGACAAUGACGCGUUGCUCAUGCCGCCCGAUCUUGUCAGCCGCAUACAGGCUACCAUUCGCAAGGAACUCAGCGCGCGCCAUGUCCCGACGAUCAUAGUCGCGUGUCCGGAGAUUCCAGUCACGACGAAUGGCAAGAAGGUUGAGAAUGCGGUGAAACAGAUUCUUUGUGGGUUAAAUAUUAAAACUGGAGCAAGCGUGGCUAAUGCGGGGUGUUUGGAGUGGUACCGGAGGUGGGCGGCGGAGAAUUGA